UAAAGCUGCCUACACAGCUGACAUAAUCACUGUAACAGUGGGGGCAGCUGGCAAGCACUGAAAGAGUGGUUGCCAGGAUACUCCAGUAAACAAUCCCUGCAGCAUGUCCCAGCUACAGUUUCUGGAGCUGCCCAAAGGAGUUUAUUUACCGUUGACCAUAAUUAACCCUGGCUUGUGGUACUGGAAAGAAGAUACUAGAACGCUUGAAUUUUCAUGUGCCCAGCUUAAGGAAGAACCUAAGGACACUAAGGAGAAAAAUAAGAAAGGCAAGACUAUCCAAUUUCAGGAACUUGGAGCAAAGCCACUAGAAAGGUCAGGUCCUCAUUAUUUUCGAAAUCUGUUUACCUUGAGUGUUUCUUCUGGAGAAGACAAAUCCCCUCGGCCAACCAAGAGAGCACUGUCUGAACUCAUAACUCUAGAAGAUGUUAAGUAUGCUGCUUUAUUUCUGGCACAUGAAGAUGAUUCCAUUCACGUUUCUUCUUUCUCCUUAGUUAUGAGGUGUAAGCAGUUGGAUGGUUUCCUCAUGGCUUUGUUGUACUAUAUUUCUUUUUAUCUGGAGAAAAUAACCCUGGAGAUGAAACCCAAGUCUUUUAUGGGAAAGCCCAGCAUCCUAGAAAAAAAAGAAAUGAAGGAAAACCAAAUAAAGCUAGCAGUGACCAAAAAGCACCUUGCUGAAAUGUACUGUAUCCUGAUCCUUGGACUGGGAAUGUCUGAUCAGCAUCACAUGGCUUGUGGAAAAAAGAAAAUAUCAUCAUCUCGGAAAGACAGGGAAUUCUUUGAAUGCUUGUACAACUUCGCAUCCUACGUAGCUUUUGUGACAUUUAGACAGAAAAAUCUCAAGGAAAUCCAGCAAGAAGUUGGUAGAUUGCUCCGGUCAAAUAUAUUCAAUUCUGCUUUAAGAGAGAGAACCAAAUCUAGCAAGGAAAUGAAAACAGAUAUUACCAAACAAUUGAUGAAAGCCACAUUUGCCUUUCGCAAGAGAACAGAUGUUAAGCAGCCAGCCAUAAGAAGUGUCAUGGAUCAGCGAUCACCAGUGCUUAGUACUUUGCUGCCUCUGGCUAAAGAUAGUGCUCAAUAUCUGUUUCAGGACCAUUACCUUCGUCCCAGCAAAAUUGCCCCACGUUAUAUCCCAGAAGACUUACCAGAGUUGUUUUCUAUUGUGUCACGCACCAAGAUUGGCAUUAUUGGGUCUCAGCGCACCAAGUUUGUCCCUCAUACACUUUUACCAAUUGGAAGCACAGAGGAUGAGAAGGAAAAUGGGGAGAAUCCUGACAGAAGUGUCUCUUCAGUAUUGUCACAAGAAAUAACCACAGGCUCUAGCAGGGCUGUUCAAAGCAGUGGCAGUCACCAAUCUGUGGCAGUUUCACGGGCUACGACUGAAGGAGACUAUAUUGAAAAUCCCCAGUAAUACAUACUAAUGGUUGCAGGAAGGCAUCGCAGCCGGAAAUGGAGCUUCAAAGGGUUGUGCGUGGCCCUUCCAAUUCUGUUUUCGCUGGCAGAGGCACCACAGGCCGAUCCUUCGCUGUUUCCAGGGCAGCCCUGUGGGCCAGAACUAAGCACUCCAUAGGCUGGAUCCAGCCUCCAGACCUUGAAUUUGACACCCCUGAUCUAGUCUAACCCCCGCCCAAGCAGGAGACCCUACACCAUUUCUGACAAAUGACAAUCCAAUCUCUUCUUGAAAGCCUCCAGUGACAAAGCUCCCACAAGGUUCGAAGGCAAGCUGUUCCAUUGGUUGAUUGUUCUCACUGUCAGAAAAUUUAUUCUUAUUUCUAGAUUGAAUCUCUCCUUGAUCAGUUUCUAUCCAUUAUUUCUUGUCUGGCCUUUGGGUGUUCUGGAAAAUAGCUUGACCCCUUCCUCUCUGUGGCAGCCCCUCAAAUAUUGAAACACUGUUAUCAUGUCUCCCCUGGUCCUUUUCUUCACCAGACUAUCCAUGCCCAGUUCCUGGAACCAUUCUUCAUAUGUUUCAGUCUCCAGUCCCUUUAUCAUCCUGGUUGUUCUUCUCUGCACUUUUUCUAGAGUCUCAACAUCUUUUUUAUAGUGUGGUGAUCAAAACUGGUAUUCUAGGUGUGGUCUUACUAAGGCUUUAUAGAGUGGUAUUAGUACCUCACUUGAUCUUGAUUGUAUCCCUCUUUUAAUGCUCUACUCCUACAUUACUCAGAUUCUAUGGAUGGCACUUUUGUUUGUGUGCUUGCUUAAUCCUGUAAAGUUAAUUUUAUCCUAGACUAGUUUCAAAUCCCAGAGUUAGAAGGGGGCAUUAAGUAAUGACAUUAUAAUCACCUUGUGAGUACAGGAAUCUAAAUUAUCUGUACUGAUCAUUUUAUAGAUCAAAGUGUUGUAUAAAAGCAGGGAAAGCCGGGAAUAGUUUUAAUUGCUUAACUAUAGUUCAGCACAGCUAUGGUUACAUGAAAGUAGUAUAAUCCAUCUUCAGACUGUCUGGGCUUAUAAAUAUAAGGAACCUUGUGUUUGGUUUAGGCAAUCAAUAGUAUACAGAAUGCACGUUCCUACUCGGUAUAUAUAUAAUCUUCUAUUUCAAUAUAAUUGCUUAUUUUUAAAGCAAACCCUACCCGUGGUAAAUGCUACCUUAUUUACUUAUCUCAUUUACUGAUUGAUAAUUUAAGGCUGUUUGACUCCAGAGUGACUUUACUUGGCUUACUGUCAGACACAUGGCUAUUCCUUCAGGUUGAUUUCUUUGUUGUUCCACACUACAGACAGGAUCUUGCCAAACUGAAGCACUCUACUAGCUAAAUCAAACAUAUAUUUUGAGAACUAGGGAGGAGUUGUCUUCACCCUGUUUGUCUCACACAAACUAUCUGGACUGAGCUGCCUCUUAUUCCUCUGGAACGCACCACUCCCUCCUGGAAAUCCAGCCUACUACAUUCCAUCCCACACUAUAGACUAUAGAUACAUAUUUAAAAGACAGUAAUAAACAGAGAAGUAUACAUGUCUGGAAAUAUUCCAGAAAAUACACCUGAUGGGCUCAACAACUAUUCUCUAUUCCAGAUCCUGGGAAAGAGUCAGGUUUUCUAGGAGACUGUUACAGUGGGAAUUACAGACAUAUUCCCUUUUGUGUGAGGGAAUUACAUUUUUUCUAAGCCAUCUGUGCUGUACAUUUAAUAGUUAAUAGUUUUUAAUGAACAUAGAAAAAAGUACAUUUAAAUGAAACUUUGAGUAUAUAUCUCAAAUGUAUUGCAUCAUUAAUUUAUGAAAGGAGCUACAUUCUUCAAAUUAUAUGUACAGAGAUUUUUAAAAAAGACUAUUUCCUAUCUGUGGGCCCCAGUUUAAUAGAUGUGGUGCAGUGAAGAAUACAUGGGAAAGGGAAAGAAAAAGCAAA